UGCUCCUCAGGCGCCGCGCCACUCCCAACUCCCAACUUGCGCUCGCUAAAAUAACCAACUCGCAGCCGACGCCCCGCAUCCCCCCUCUGUUUUCCUCCUCCCCUGCCCCCGCGUUCCCACUCCCCUGCCCGCCCUGCGCCGCGCGCCGCACGGGGGCUUCGUUACUUGAACGGGAGCUACCGCGGGCAGGUUGAUGAGUGAGCCGGCCGGCGCCAGCCUCGUCUAGAGCGAGAGCCGGCAAUGAGGGUGUACAUCACGGCGGGCGCUGACGACGACGCGGUGAUGAAGCCCAAGGCGGCGGCGCCGCAGCCUCAGCAGCAGCAGCAGGCGGCGGCGCGGCGCGGGUGCCGCUCCGCCGUCGUCACGGGGCUCCUCGCCGGGGUGCUCCUCUUCCGCGCCGCGCUCCUCGCCGUCGAGGCCGGCGCCUCCCUCUGCCCUUCCGCGACCGGGUGCCUGGACUGGCGGGCGGGGCUCGGGCGCUGGCUCUACGGCGGCGGCGGCGGCGGCGGCGACGCGAUGGAGGUGAGUGAGUCCGACUCCGACCCGCCCGGCUCGUUGCGUUAGGCUGGUAGUAGAGUGAUAGGCGCCGAGUUGUGUUAGGCGCCGGGCUUUUGACAUUUUUUACGUCGCCGCCGCCGCGGCCUGCUCCGAUCCUCACGCGGUUUCUAUCUGGUUCGGCUCCUUGGCGGCGAGCGGCGCUCACUUUCACGGGGGCGGAGGCGGACGGGAAUGUCAGGGCCCGGUGGCCAGCACGUCGCGGCGGCGUCGCCGACCACGUGGCCGCCCGGCCGCGCCGUCCUGCUGACAGGAAUUCAUGAAGGAAUGGAGGAGGACUCACAGGGCGGCGACCCUGUUGGAUCCCGUGGUGGUGGAAGCGGCGCCCGACUCCCUGGACGCGCUCAUGGCGGAGAUGGGCGCCGCGCUGGCGUCCUACGACGGCCGGCUCGACAUGGAGGCCGUGGCGGUCAAGAUGAUGGCCAUGCUGUUGAAGAUGGACCGGAAGGUGAAGUCAUCGAGGGUCCGGGCGCUGUUCAAACGGCACCUGGCCUCGCUGGGCGUCCCCAAGAGCGUGCACUGCCUCACGCUGCGCCUGGCCGAGGAGUUCGCGGUGAACUCGGCGGCGCGCUCCCCGGUGCCGCCGCCGGAGCACGCGCCCCGCCUCACCGACGCCUCCUACCUCCACGUCGCGCUCGUCACCGACAACGUGCUCGCGGCCGCCGUGGCGGUGGCCUCCGCCGCGCGGAGCGCCGCCAACCCGGGCAGGCUGGUGUUCCACGUCGUCACGGACAAGAAGAGCUACGUGCCGAUGCACUCGUGGUUCGCGCUGCACCCGGCGUCGCCCGCCGCCGUCGAGGUCAAGGGCCUGCACCAGUUCGACUGGCGCGACGGCGGCGUCGUCGCCUCGGUCAUGAGGACGGUCGAGGAGGUGCAGAGGAGCUCGCUCGACUACCACCGGUCUGGCGGAUCAUCAGCGGAGAGGGAGCACAGACGCCUCCAAGCGUCCAAGCCGAGCACGUUCUCGCUCCUCAACUACCUCAAGAUCCAUCUCCCAGAGUUCUUCCCUGAGCUUGGGCGGGUGGUGCUCCUCGACGACGACGUCGUGGUGCGCAAGGACUUGACAGGGCUGUGGGAGCAGGACCUCGACGGGAACAUCAUCGGCGCGGUCGGCGCUCGCGAAGGCGGCGGCAUCUGCACCGACAAGACCUUGGGAGAUCACCUGAAUUUCUCGGACCCUGCCGUGUCAGGCCUCCUCAGCUCGCAAUGCGCCUGGUCGUGGGGCGUCAACAUCAUCGACCUCGACGCGUGGCGACGAACAAACGUUACCGAGACGUACCAGCUCUGGCUACAAAAGAACCGGGAGUCGGGCUUCAGGCUGUGGCAGAUGGCCUCGCUGCCGCCGGCUCUGAUCGCGUUCGACGGGCGCGUGCAGGCGAUCGAACCGCUGUGGCAUCUGCCAGGCCUCGGCCGGCGCGUGCCGGACCCCGAGGCGGCGCGCUCCUCCGCCGUCCUGCACUUCAGCGGGCCGCGGAAGCCGUGGCUGGAGGUCGCGUUCCCGGAGCUGCGGCAGCUGUGGCUCGGCCACCUGAACGCGUCGGAUAGUUUCCUGCAGGGAUGCGGUGUGCUCGAAUGGCAGUAAAUGGGAGCAACAGGAAUCGAGCUGGGUGGGGGAAAAAACAAGUACUACAGUAUUUUGGUUCAGGAUUACCGGUUCAGAGCUGGGGGUUCUGGGAGAGGGAAGUAGGUGUUGCCUGCAGUCUCUCCUCACCUUCAGUUUCUGCAGUCUGCACACGAUGGGCAUAUUCUAGUCAGUUCAGUGUGACACUAGAACUGCUUGAUGUAUAUAUACUGAAUUACUGAUCAAGGGGGACAUUUAUUUCGGACCACAGAGUAAACAUCACAUAAACUUUCAGAGAAACCGUAAUGUAGGAUUCAUCUUCAACUAUAAGAUGUACAUUGGGUUCGCCCAUGCUGGAGGAAACUAUAAGAUGUACAUGUUUAUUUAAAUAUUUAAUUGACACUCGAUA